GACACCCAUUUGGGGGGCGGGCCAGGAGCCAGGAGCCAGGAGCACAGCCGAGAGAGAGAGAGAGAGCGAGAGCGGGAACCCCAUUGCGAGCGGGUCCUCCUCCUUCUCUGUCUCGCCCUCUUCCUCCUCUUCUGGGGGCGCCUGGGGCCUGGCGGGCGUGCUGGGCUGGGGGCUGGCGAGCCAAUGAGGGCCCGGACCCCGUCCCUCGCCGCCUCCGGAGCCGCCAGGAGCCCCCCCUGCCGACCCCCGGCUCCCCGAAAGGCAGGCCCGGCUGACCCAUGCGGCGCCUCCAGGAGAGAUUCCGCAGAUUCAUGAACCAUCCAGCCCCAGCGAACAGUCGUUACAAACCCACUUGCUAUGAACAUGCUGCUAACUGUUACACUCAUGCGUUUCUCAUUGUUCCAGCCAUUGUGGGUAGCACCCUUCUCCACCGACUCUCUGAUGAUCAAUGGGAAAAGAUAACAGCAUGGAUGUACGGCAUUGGCCUGUGUGCGCUCUUCAUCGUUUCUACGGUGUUUCACAUAAUUUCUUGGAAAAAGAGUCAUUUAAGGACAAUGGAGCACUGUUUCCAUAUGUGUGACCGAGUGAUGAUCUAUAUCUUCAUUGCAGCAUCGUAUGCACCAUGGUUAAAUCUUCGUGAGCUUGGACCACUGGCAUCACAUAUGCGAUGGUUUAUCUGGCUCAUGGCUGCUGGAGGAGCCAUUUAUGUAUUUCUCUAUCAUGAAAAGUACAAAAUUGUGGAGCUCUUCUUCUACCUGGCAAUGGGCUUUUCUCCUGCUCUAGUUGUGACCUCCAUGAACAACACCGAUGGACUACAGGAAGUUGCCUGGGGAGGUCUCAUUUAUUGCAUGGGGGUGAUAUUCUUCAAGUGUGACGGGGUCAUUCCCUUCGCCCAUGCCAUCUGGCACCUAUUCGUUGCCACAGCUGCUGCAGUUCACUAUUACGCUAUCUGGAAGUAUCUUUACAAGAGCCCUGCCGACAUCAUCCGUCACUUGUGAUAUUAAACACUCACGGACACACACACACACCUGUAACCUGCACUAUGCCUCCGACUCAGUAUUACACGUAUAAAAGAAAUUCUGGGGAAGAGGGAGGAAAUAUUGCACAGGGAGAAAAGCACUGACUUUGUUUUCUGAACACAUUUACUGUGAACUGAAAUGACAAAAACAUGUGUCCUAGAAUUACUGUUUGUAUAUCAAGUGCUUGGCACACAGUUCUCCAAGCACUUUUCCUCGGGCAGCCCUUAUUGGAAUAAAUAGGACAAAUGCAAGUAGAGCAUUACACAGCUCCUAUUCAUUUCAGCCUGUCUUGCACAGAAACAUUUCCUUCUUGUAUUAUAUCCACUAAGAAAGUGAAGGCUGUAUUCAGCAUGCCUAACUUUGAAUUGUGGUUCAAACCAUCAUGCUGCAUUAUCAAUAAUCCAUUCCACAUUAACAGGGAAAACAGUGUAAAAAAUUGGCUAGUGGCCUGAUGUUUACAAAUUCUUUGGGUUUUUUUUUAAAGAAAUAUAUUUAAUGAGUUUCAUUUCUGCAACUUCAAAUGACAAACUUUUUAAAAUGCCAGUUUUGAAUUUUGGAAGUUGAUGUAAAGCAAAGGCUUGGUUCCUUUUUUAAAAAUAAAAGUUGCUUUCUAUCACUUUUUCACACACUAUUUAAUAAAGUGACGAUCAUGGAUAAUGUUUUACUUUCCUCGCCACCCCCUUGCUGUGCUGCUGUGACUUUUAUAUAUAUAUAUAUAUAAUCACAAACGUUUUUUAACAGUAUUUUAAAAGUAUACCCAGCUGCUGUUGUGCAGCUGUACCUGCAUUGAAACUUUGCAAGAAAGAGUUACAUUCCACAUACUGUCUUGACGGAUAUACCUCUUUCAAAGGUUUUUGUGAAAACUGUGGUCAAUAAUGAUGAAUUUCACAAUUGGCUUGGCUAAGCUUUAACCUAUUAUCCUAAACCAUUGGUUCUCAACCUGUGGGUCCUCAGAUGUUUUGGCCUUCAACUCCCAGAAAUCCUAACAGCUGGUAAACUGGCUGGUAUUUUGGGAAGUUGUAGGCCAAAACACCUGGGCACCCACAAGCUGAGAACUACUGUCCUAAACAGUAACCUGAAUUACCUAAUCUAGGUUUCUUUAAGGCAGUGGUUCCCAACCUGUGGGUCCCUUGGUGUUUUGGCCUACAACUCCCAGAAAUCCAGCCAGUUUACCAGCUGUAAGGAUUUCUGGGAGUUGAAAGCCAAAACAUCUGGGUACCCACAGGUUGAGAACCACUGCUUUAAGGGCACAGGCAGUGCUAGAUAACACCUGAAUCCAUUACACAAUGCAAUUUCUAGAGGCAGUUGCAUGUGUUGAUGGGAACGCACUCCAGAAAUGUUGGCUCUACUCAUUCAGGUGGCCAGCAACUAACAGUUGCAAGAUCUAAACUACUCUCAAGCAGCAGUAAUGGUGUGCAAGACACUUUGGUGCUCAAAUAAUCAAACAGCACAAUCCUAGGCAUGUUUACUCAGAAAUAAGUCUCCUUGUGUUUUGUGGGGCUUACUCCCUAGUAGGUAUGUUUAGGAUUGCAUCCCUGCAGUGUUAAAGAGGUCUGGUUUUGGAAAAUCAUUCCUGUUGGCUGUAGCCUUGCUACUCCUACCAUUUCUGAGAACGUAGCCUAUAAAAGUUGCUGAUAACCUUUGAGUAUUAAUAGUUAGGUUCAUCAUACACCCAAAUGGCCUUUUCAGGGAGGGAAACUUAAAGGACUUGAGAGGUCUCAUCAGUCUGGGACUUAAAAGUAGUCAAACUGGGCUUUAGAUGUGCUGCUCCCUUAGCAUCUCAGACAAUGAAAUGCUGUAGCAAUUUGAUUGUAGAAAAUGUGCAUUAAAUAACAAGAUGUUAGACUCCUCA